UGAAUAAGCAGAAUUGUAUUUUGGCCUGAUGACGUACUAACGGUAUGUGUUUUGGCGUAGUGCGCCAAUUUAGACGUUACGAUAUCCGUUACAUUAACGUCAUAUCCGAUUUCGUGAAAAACAAGAAUGGCUACGCAAAUGUCCUAUGACGAAAACGAUGUCUUAAAUUUGUACAAGAAAGCAUUUAACAUCAAAAUACCGAUGCAUUCAGUUAUUGAUGAUGAUUUCUAUGAAUGGCUGACUUUGUUCGAGAAAGCGACAAAUUGUUCCAAGUUUCUUGUUUUGCCUAGUAUUUUAUCGCUGACAGCAACUUUAUGUGGACCGAAGUCUGAUGUUUCUACCAGAGGCGGGGAGUUUUCCAAUGCAUUAAACGAAUACCUCAUUGCUGUUUGCGAUCCAGGAGGUGGCAAGUCGAAUACUUACAGUAGAGUGGUUCAGCCGGUUAUCGAUCAUAUGUAUAGAAGACAUAUGCUUCAUAUACAACUUGAAAAUUAUACUUCUGCUGGCAUCCAGAAGCACCAGACAGAUAAUAAGGGAUAUGGCAUUAUAACUGGUGACGAGGGUCACAGAUUUAUGUCUUCCAUAACUAUGAAACAGAGUAAAGGAGAAUCUGAAAAGGCACUUUUGUGCAAACUUUGGGGUGGUAGAGGAGACGCCAAUGUACUUGCGAACGGUGUUAGAGGGUUCGAUAGAACUUCUAUGUCAGCAUGUGUUUUCAUACAACCUGAGCCGCUGUUGAAAGAGCUUGUAAAUCUGAAAGGGAAUGAUGGACUGAUGGACAGGUUUCUUUUGAUAUCUGCAAAGCCAGUGUUUCAUAAGUGUCAGAUAGUUAGAGAGAAUUAUGUUGUGCUGAAAGAGUCCAAGAUGAUGGACUUUGUACAAGUUAUGGAGAAUAUAUAUGUUGCACACACAGCCGGUAUACGGUACACCCUAUCUGAAAAGGCGCAAGACAGUUACGAGGAAAUGGUGGACGCAUAUGCUGAUUACGUCCGAGACAAAUACAAUUCGGACGAAGAAGAGAAGGAGAACAGCUUAAUUACAUGCAGUCCGGAAAAUGAGGGUAUGGAUUGCCAGGGUAUAGUGACAAGUAAAGACACCCUACAUAUAUUACGUUUAUCAGCGUUACUUCACAUUCUGCAUCAAUAUAUCAAUCCUGUUCUUGGUGGUGAAGUAAUGGAAAUCCAGCAUGUGAUACCUCGGAAGCGAUUACUGCAAGCGAAGACGCUGUAUAAUAGUAUCGUACAACACAAGGCAUUGUUUCUGCAGGCCGUAUCACAAGAAAAUGGCAAGAAAGUACAUAUCAAGUCAACAAUGACAUUUAGGGAGAGAGUUGUUAAUGCUGUAUGCAAGAGCAGAGGACCUGCAGUAAGCACCCGUGCAUUACAGCGUCAAAUGAAGGGGGCUCUAUCUGAUAGUGUUAAAGUUGAACUGGAAGAACUGCAGAGGACAGGAUUUGGUGUCUUGAAAAAAGUCAGGUGUAGUGUGUUGUUUUCAAGCUGCCUGGUUGCCUGAUAGACUCUGAAAUUGGACCGCACAUGUCAUAUCUGAAGAUUGCGGGACUAGAUGUAGAAGGGUACAGCGCACUGGUCAAAGACAUGAGCAGGAUGAACGCUGAAUUAAUACAAAUAUGUAGGAUCUAUCACCCGCAAUCAGCAAUGAUGGAAAUUUAAUUGUAGAUAUUAAAAAAUAAAAGUAUCAAAAUGUUUAUUUAUAGAUUAAUGUUUUUUUUUUUUGUC